UUUACAUUCUGAAAGAUGGCGGGUAUUUACACUCGUGAAAAAUGUUCAUCAGAUUCGGAAUCAAACUUGUACGCGAACUGUCAUGGCUCUCAGACAAAAACAAACAACAAAAAAUGUGAUAUGGAUAUGGUUUCUAAAUGGACUAAAAAUACUGUGGAACACUUAGGUUUGUUUUAUUACGAAGAACCAACAUCUUUACACGAAUUCAAAAUUAUGUUGUCCAGCAGUGGUCUCAAAUUCGUUAGUGGGGCACCUGCUAAGUUAACACACCCGUUAAAAGAUAAAUCAAAACAACUUCUGGACACCCUGACCGACGUAACUAAAAAUAGUCUAAAUGUGUCAUUUAAUAUUGAUGAAAAUAAACCAGACUUUUACAAAGGGACAGUGAAAAAGGAGACAUCAGCUACCAGAAGAACACUAUGGGAGAAGAGAGAGAACAUUGACAAUGAACAUCGAGAUGAUGAUGGUUAUACAGCUGAUUUAGUUCCCAAGGAAAGUGGUUUAUCAAGAUUUCAAUUGCAGACAUGUUACUAG